AUGUUCAUGAAGAGUUCGUUUCUCCGCCAGUUCAGGAAAGAAGAAACUUCAUUGAAUCCGGUUGGAUUCUCAGAGCCAUCUCAAGUUGACAGUAAAAAGCCGUCCUCCUUGAUUUGGAAAGGGCUGGAAGAUGGAAACGCAAGUUCAACCUGUGAUUUAGAUGACGAUGACUAUUUUGAGAGUGAUCAGUUUAUCUCUUCGAAUGAGGCCAACUUGUCUACAUCUUCAAAAACCAACUGGAGUGAUAAUAAAUGGAGCAAAAUGCUUAAAUUUGGUGAUGAAUCCAAGAAAAGAGAUACAGUUCAGUUUACUCCAGAAUCACCCAAGAUAAUCAAUUUGCGAAAUGUGUCACAGAAACCACACGUUAACAAGCCUAUCAUUUCUUUAGAUAGUUUUGAUCACGCUGGACCCCAUUCUCCACUAGAUGACAUGGCAGUUCCGAAAAAAGCUCCAGAAUCGCCAAUGUUGAAUUUUCUCAGCAAAAAACCUAGUGCCUCUUUUAUGCAAUCACCAGACGCACAUAAUGUCUCAACCAGCUCUGAGGAUUCUAUUUACUUCCAUCAAGCCUCCAAAAUAUGUCAAGAUUAUACGGGAGAGGUGAAGACACACCUUGACAAAGUUCAUGAUAAAGCAGUCACUGAGUUUUCAGUUGAAGAUAAAUCAGACACAUUAUGCGACAAGUAA